CAUCAGUGGGACAGAGAUGGCGUUGCUUGGGAAGGCUUCGGUUCAACAAAAGGUGCAUUAAUAGGAGCGGGAGAACAUGGAGAAAAGCAACAUGACUAUGGCGAUCGCGAUCAUUCUGGUUUUGCAUAUGGUAGCAAAGGUGCUACUGAUGGAUUUUCUAAAUUUGCAAAGCAGAUCGCAGAUGGGCACAUUGCUGAUGCUUUAGAAGCAGGAGAACAUUCACUUACUGGAGCCGAAGGACACAAAAAGUAUUCCUACUUUACCCAAGGAUCCGGUCCAAAUGGAUUCUACUCCAAAGGAUAUUGGGGAACAAAUGGCUACGAUCAUGAAGCAGCAAAAAAAGCUCACGUGAAGAAUGCUAAUCAUGGUGGCUUCAGAAAGGGUUAUGAACACGCAGGUGCAGAUCAUGGCUUGGCUCACAGUGCUUGGGAUAAGGUUGCAGGUGGUAAAGACAUUGAAGGAAAGGCUUAUGACAACGGGGCCUGGCAAGAAGCUGCCAAGCAGUGGGGCAACACUGAUCACGAAGAUGGAUGGAAAGGAUACUAUGACGAGAAACUUCACGACUACCACCAUCGUAAUGAAGAUUGGGACUGA